AUUCUUGUUUACAAGAUGGCGGCCGCCAAGAAAAAAGUGGUAACAAAAGAUGAUUUGAGACGUUUUAUGAAAGAAAAACAGUCACUCUCCAAAGCAACAGCUAAGCGAAUAGAACAUCCGUUAGCAAAGUAUGUUAUAUUAAAAUGCUGAUUCAGUUUAUUUAUUUAUCAUAAAUUAUUUAUAAUUUAAAGUUAACAACACCUGGGAUAAAUUUUGGGUAAUUGUAAUUGUUCAUUGUCAUUUACUACAAUCACAAUUGCAUUGUAACGCAUCGUAAAUUUAUGACUAUAGAUGACUUAACAUACAGGUAAUUUAUAGGUAAUAUAAUGUAUAGGUAAUAUAAUGUAUGGGCAUGGGCAAGGGUUUUGCCAAGAGUCUCUUAAAGAGUUGUCUCACCCUAAGCGCAGUAACCUCACUUUGUGGGAUCCAAACACUGGACUUAGAAGGAAAAUAAUUUUUUUUAGACCUGAACAAUGUGUGUGAUAGCUUUCCUGUUCUUCAAUGAGCAUUACUCGUGUCAUAAGCUGAAUCUAAGUAACUGAUGAUAAUCCGUCGAAAGCCGAUGAUCGAUGCGGUUUUUAUUUAUAUUAUGAAGUACUACAAUGAAAUUUUCCAUUCAUUUUAUUAAAAUUCAACUUACAAUUUUCAAAAGAAACGAAAAAGGAAAAAGAAAAAACUUAACUUGCUGAUUCUCCAACUCCAAGAUGAACACGGUGAAAAAAGAAACCAUGCUAAAAGUGUUGUCUUUUAAUUAGUUGAAAAUUUUAGUACCGGUACUCUGUACGCUAAAUCAUUGGUAACACAUGGGAGACUACUACUUAAUUUGUAUACGCAGAAACAGGGUGAGUCGUAAAGCGUUAAUAGACCAUCAUUUGAAAAAUGGAUUUUGACUUAAUUAGGAAAUAGGCCUAGAGCUGUUUAUUGACUUUUAAUUUUACCAUAAGUCAGUAUCAAUGAGUAUUAAUGGGCCUACUGAAAAUAUUAAGAGUAUUCUAUUAAUUCAUGAAACAUUACUAUCCGCAUAUUUUCAUUACUCAAUUAAAUUUAAAACGUGGAUGAGCAAUAAUUUGAUAAAAAUAUAUUUUAUAUUUUUUAAAGUAUUUCAAAAUCUUGGACAUGGCGAUGGCACCUUGCAUUACUCAAUUAAAUUUAAGGUGCCAAUGCCAUGUCUAAGAUUUUGAAAUAAUUUUUGAAUAUAAAGUAUAAAGUGUCUUUUUAUUACAUUAUUGCUCGCCAAAUUGGUUUUGUUAUCAUUAAGCCUACUGUUAUUUUUUUUUUUUAAUAGAAAGACAAUUUUAAAAAUCCUAUUUUAUUGUUGUGCAGGUACAACAGUCUUAACCAAUUGAUUUGCAUAGUUUGUAGCAAUGUCAUUAAAAAUGAUUUGUUGUGGAUAGCACACAUACAGAGUAAGCAGCAUAAAGAGGUAACUAAAAACUUGAUAUGUUUAACUCAUAGUUGGAAACUGGAUUUAAAAAAACAAAAAAAACGCAUUUAUUAAAUUUAAUUACAACUAUUAAUAGUUUGUUUACAUAAACAUUCAUCACAUGUCAGAGGUUAACUGUAAUUGGAAUUCUGCUUUACCAAAUAAUCCCUUGGCCCGUGUGAAUCUACUGAAUUAAUUAAUCUCUUCUCAUUACUCAUUGCUUCUAUUUCAGCGAGUUAUAGCAUUAAAGACACAAGGCCCAGUCAAACCAGACCAUUUGUCAGCAUCUUUAAAGAGGAAAGGAGACACAGAUAAUUCAUCAACAGACACAAAAAAAUUAAAAACAGGUACAAACACA